UUUAGUUCAGCUACAACUCAAAAAAAGUCAUUUGUUGACAACAAAUAAGAAAGCAAAUUAAUAAUUUCAAAUAUGUUUAUUUGCAUUUUAAGUGCUUAGAAAGUUGAAAAAAUAUAUAUGAAAUAACGAACAAAAGUUGAGAAAAUUAACAGAAGCCAUGGCGGAUUUGGAAGCGGUCUUAGCUGAUGUCAGCUAUCUGAUGGCAAUGGAAAAGUCUAAAUGUACUCCAGCAGCAAGGGCCAGCAAGAAAUUAAUUUUACCAGACCCAAGUGUUAGAAGUGUUAUGUACAAAUAUUUGGAAAAGGAAGGCGAAUUAAAUUUUCAUAAAAUUUUUAAUGAAGUUUUGGGGUAUUUGCUGUUUAAAGACUUUUGUGAAAACGAUUCCGAUGAACCUAUACAACAACUUAAGUUUUUUGAACAGAUAAAAUUAUUUGAAAAAACCGAAUGUUAUGAUGAGAGAAAAAAAUUGGCUAGGGAAGUUUAUGAUAAUUUUAUAAUGGAGGAAAUGCUGUCACACACUUAUGAAUACUCGAAAAAUGCUGUUGCAAGUGUGCAAAAAUAUUUAUUGAAAAAUGAAGUUCCGGUUGACUUAUUUGAACCUUACAUGGAAGAAAUAUUUACCCAACUUAAAGGAAAGCCAUUUAAAAAAUUUUUGGAUAGCCAUAAAUUUACUAGGUUUUGCCAGUGGAAAAAUUUGGAACUAAACAUACAACUAACUAUGAAUGAUUUCAGUGUGCAUAGGAUAAUAGGACGUGGAGGUUUCGGAGAAGUGUAUGGAUGCCGAAAAGCAGAUACUGGAAAAAUGUAUGCUAUGAAAUGCUUAGACAAAAAACGAAUUAAGAUGAAACAAGGAGAGAUGCUAGCAUUAAAUGAACGAAACAUGUUACAGGCAGUCAGCACUGGAAUUGAUUGUCCGUUUAUUGUUUGCAUGACAUAUGCAUUUCAUACCCCGGAUAAACUUUGUUUUAUAUUAGACUUAAUGAACGGUGGUGACCUGCACUACCACCUAUCUCAACAUGGAGUUUUUAAUGAAGAUGAAAUGAAAUUUUAUGCAGCUGAGCACACACAACUCACUGACAAAUGUCGAUCUGACUCUCGGCAGCCCACUCCUUAAAAUUGACAGUACCUGGCGCACAGAAGAUAACCUUUUUGGAAGCGACCACUUCCCCAUCAUAAUUAACCUCUUCACAUCAAAUACUGCUAACCUACAAUCAACACCACGGAAACCCAAGCUAACAAUAAACUUCUCUGCGCAACGACCACCAAGCACAAACAUAAACAAAGAAACAGCAACAAUACAAAAAAUCAUCCUUUCGAGAGGUCACAAGGCAAUACCACAAACACACCCAACGGGUAAGCUUCAUAAUGUACCAUGGUGGAACAACAAUAUCAAAAAACUACGAGACGAUAAAAUGAAAAAAUGGAACGAACUUUAAAGAAACAUAUCUACAAAAAAACAUAUUACAGUACAAAAGGGUAAAUGCCCUAUUUAAGCUAACACUCAGACAAACUAAAAUAGCAAGCAUUAACAAAUUCACACCCCAAAUAUCACCGGACAGCCAACCCAAAACGAUCUGGGGCAUUAACCCCCAAAAACACAUACACUGUAUAUUAAACCCAUCCACAAAAGAAAACACUAAUAACAAAAUUGAAAUUGCUCAGCUCUUCUGCCAAAAUUUCUCAAAAACCUCCUCCGACAACAAUUCUUCAAGCACCUUUAUUAAUUACAAACAAACGUCACUCAGCAAUACUAUUCAUCUUUCACAUAUCCCCAGCAAAAGAUCAACCGAAAUAGAAAAACCUAUAACUGCAAUAGAAUAUUCAUCAGCAUUAACCACAUUAAAAGGAAACACACCAGGACUUGACAGAAUCAACUGCACUAUGAUAAAAAACCUUGAUAAAACAACAAAAAACAGAAUUAUUAACCUCCAAAACGUACCGAUCCUAAAACCAAACCAGACAAAACCUUGAUUAACUCAUACCGUCCGAUCUCACUAAACUCAUGCCUAGCAAAACUACUUGACAAAAUAAUAGCAAAACGGCUGUGGUGCCUUGUAAUAAACUACAAACUAAUCCAUAACAGUCAAACUGGCUUCAGAAAAGGGAAAUCGUCUAUAGACAGUCUACUACUCAUAGACCAUCUUUUAGCACGAGCUCUCUCAAGAAGAAACCACGCAUCUAUCAUAUCCCAAGACUUCGCAAAGGCCUUCGAUAGAAUUGGCGUUCACUCUAUACUUGACCAACUUGUAACCUGGAAAACUGGCCAAAAAAUUAUUAACUACGUACGAAACUACAUGACAAAUAGAAAACUUCCAGUGCGCAUUGACUCUGACAUCUCCUCCUUCCAACCAAUGCAAAACGGCAUUCCUCAAGGCUCCCCACUCUCCGUGGUCCACUUUUUGAUUGCAUAUAACUCACUAAUAGAAAAGCUCACACUUCACCCGAACAUCAGCCUAAGCGGAUACUUCAACAUCAUCCUAAAACUAAAAAACAAAAUAAAACCUAAAUAUAAACCUAAAUUCGAUAAUAUCCACUAUUACAGACUGGGCAGAAUACUCCGGAGCCAUGUUAUCUACCACACAUCCAUGUUUGCAGAAAACAUAAUUGUAACUGCACCAUAACAACAGGAAACACGCAAAUGCAAGAAGUAUCAUCAUUAAAAAUCCUUGGUCUGCAUUUCAAUAACAAAUACAGAUGGAAAACUCACACGGAACUACUAAACAACAACUUAAAACAAUAUAUUAACGUAAUAAAAUGUUUAUCUGCAACACAUCUACACUCCUAAACGUAACAAAAGCAACCAUCGUCUCAAAAGCACACAAUACUGCGCAAAGUAAAGUCAACAAUCAACACAGCCUUUAGAACUGCCCUCGGAGCCUUCAAAACCACCACACUUCACGAAGCAAAUGCAGCCGCCUUAGAAGACAGACGAGAGUUCUUUACGUCAAAAAACAUUAAGUCCCUAGUUAACACCAAAGCCUCACCAAUAAUUAAAAUUUUAAAAGCAUAUCGCCCGCCAAAACGUCCACAAUACAAAUCAACAACAAAUCGUAUUAUAGAAUACUCACAAGUCCACCAACUACCAUUUAAACAAUUAACACUACCUUCACAAACCACACCGCCCUGGAACACAAGCCCUCUAAUAGACACAUCGCUAAAUAAAUUCGACAAAAAAAGUAACCCUCCUGAAAUUUUCGGAUUACAAUUUACAGAAAUUAAGACAAAAGACAAACACAAAUACACAUACAUUUACACCGACGGAUCUCAAGCAAACGGCAUCACUAGCCUGAAAAUCACAAGCGAAACUGAAUGCAUCAAACUUUAUCACCUACCACACUAAUCUUCAGUGUUUUCCGCAGAGCUACUUGCAAUAGUAGAAGUACUGCAAAUACAUAAAACUAAAAGAGACAAAUUUUGCAUAUGCUCAGAUUCACUCACUGCCAUCGACACA